AAAAGAGAAGAGGAAAGGAAAGAAGAGGAAAGGAAAGAAGAGGAAAGGAAAGAAGAGGAAAGGAAAGAAGAGGAAAGGAAAGAAGAGGAAAGGAAAGAAGAGGAAAGGAAAGAAGAAAGGAAAGAAGAGGAAAGGAAAGAAGAGGAAAGGAAAGAAGAGGAAAGGAAAGAAGAGGAAAGGAAAGAAGAGGAAAGGAAAGAAGAGGAAAGGAAAGAAGAGGAAAGGAAAGAAGAGGAAAGGAAAGAAGAGGAAAGGAAAGAAGAGGAAAGGAAAGAAGAGGAAAGGAAAGAAGAGGAAAGGAAAGAAGAGGAAAGGAAAGAAGAGGAAAGGAAAGAAGAGGAAAGGAAAGAAGAGGAAAGGAAAGAAGAGGAAAGGAAAGAAGAGGAAAGGAAAGAAGAGGAAAGGAAA